AUGACGUGGCACGCACGAGUCGUGCUGUGCACCGUUCUAAUUGCAGUAACAUUUGGCACCCUACUGACUACUGCCCAAAGUCCCGCUGGCGAGACCGUCUCGUGUCUCCCGUCGCAGUACGUGGACCCUACAACGAGCAAGUGCGUUGGGUACGCGAGUCCCGGCGAGAAGGCCGAAGCGGACUACGACCAGGUCCUGGAUCCGGGCAACACGGCCUGGAUGUUGGCGUCAAGUGCACUCGUGAUGAUCAUGACCCCGGGCGUCGCGUUUUUCUACGCGGGUCUCGCCGGCGAAGAAAUGGCGUCGAACACGAUCAUGAUGUCGUUUGUCAGUAUGGCGCUCGUGUCGAUCCAGUUUUGGGCGUUCGGCUACUCGGCCGCUUUCAGCUCCAACGGUGUGUUUGCCUGGGUCGGGUACAAAAACGUGGGCCAGACGCCCAGUGGCACGUACGGCACGGGCAUUCCGCACAUUUUGUUUGCGUUGUUCCAGACGCAGUUCGCCAUGAUCAGCCCCGCGCUGUUGAGCGGCGGCAUUGUCGGCCGCAUGAAGUUUGGCUCGUACCUGCUCUUCAUUUUCCUCUGGACAUCACUGGUGUACGACCCAUUGGCCCAUUGGAUGUGGUCCUUGGAACUCGACAGUUCGUGGACCGUCACGGCAAUGGGUUGGGAGGCGAAAAUGGGCUCGAUCGACUUUGCUGGCGGCACUGUGAUCCACGUUUCGAGUGGCUUUGGCGCACUGGCUGCUGCGUUGAUGGUUGGGAAGCGGUACAAUCACGACGAACCGGUGAAGCCACACAACGUGCCACUGGUGAUGAUUGGCGCGACGUUGCUAUGGUUUGGCUGGUUUGGCUUCAAUGGUGGUUCGCAGGCUGCUGCUGACGGUAUCGCUGCAACAGCUGCUAUCAACACACACCUUGCUUCGAGUGCAGGAUUCUUGACGUGGGUGGCACUGGAGUUUGCCAUGUUCAAGAAGUUUGACCCGUGCGGCGCUGUGAGUGGCGCGAUCUCCGGCCUCGUGUCGAUUACUCCUGCUUGUGGGUACGUGUACCCAUGGGCUGCCAUUAUCUUUGGCGUCUCGGGUGCUGCAACGGGGUUUGGAGCGAUUCAGAUGAAAAAGUACCUGCGCUACGAUGACACGCUCGACUCGUUUGCGAUCCACGGCUGCGUUGGCGUUCUCGGUGGUCUCUUGACAGGUCUAUUCGCGACGUCGGACGUGAACCCGAACAUCGAAGGUGGCGCCUUCUACGGUCAUGGCAUGCUGUUUGUGCACCAACUGAUCUCGCAGUGUGUCGCUGCGGCGUACUCGUUCGUGGUGACACUGAUCAUUUUGUUUCUGUUGAAGCUCACGAUUGGGCUCCGCGUGGACGAAGACAAAGAGGUGAACGGCAUCGAUCUCACGUACCAUGGCGGAGGUGCCUACGACUACCGGCCCCAAGACUGUCUUGCGAAGACCACCAGACGUCCGUCCAGCGAGUUUGCUUUCAUGGGUGCGCCAGCCCUCGCUCCAUUGUGA